AUGGGAGAAGAAGGUCAUGAAUCAAAUGUUCAUCCUCCUUUGGCACAUUUUCAUCCCAAUAUUUGGGGAAACCAAUUCCUCCUCCAUUCCCCUGAUUCCGACAAGGCAAGAUGGGCUUCUUUGACGAGGCAGGUUGAACAGCUGAAGGAAAAAGUCAGGACAAAGCUUCAUGAAACUGCAAGUAAUCCAUCGGAACAGCUGCAAUUUAUUGAUGCGAUUCAACGACUUGGCAUAGAAUACCAAUUUGAAGAAGAGAUCAGUCAAGCUUUACAAAAGUUGUAUGAGAAACAUCAGAGUUGGGAGGACAAUGACCACUUUUAUACUGCUGCUUUCUAUUUUCGUAUUCUACAACAAGAAGGGUUUGGAAUUUCAUCAGAAAUAUUCACGAAAUUCCUAGAUGCUGAAGGUAGAUUUGAAGAAAGUUUGGUUAAUGAUGUGCCGGGCAUGCUUGCACUUUAUGAAGCCGCUCAUCUCAGAUUCGACGGCGAAAAUAUAUUAGAUCUCGCCCUAGAUUUUACCAGUGAUCGUCUUCAGUCAUUACCAUGCAAGUUAAGCAGUCCACUAGCUGAGCUAGUAAGUCACGCACUAUUGCAGCCUAAUUGGAGAGGUUUACCAAGAUUAGAGGCUAGGCAUUACAUAUCCAUAUACGAAAAAGAUCCUUCACAUAAUACAACUUUAUUAAAGCUGGCUAAGCUGGAUUUUAACAUGCUACAAUCUCUGUACAAGGAGGAGCUACAUGAAAUUUCCUUGUGGUGGAAAGAACUAGACUUUGCAAGAAAGCUUCCAUUUGCGAGAGAUCGAAUUGUUAAGGGCUAUUUCUGGAUCGCAGGAGUAUAUUUUGAACCCCAAUAUAUGGGGCGCGACAAUAGUCUUGCUAGGAAGAUUAUGUCCAAAGUUAUGGCAAUGACGUCUAUAAUAGAUGACAUCUAUGAUGCAUACGGGACUUUUAAAGAACUCGUAAUCCUAACAGAAGCAAUUGAAAGGUAUGACAUAAUUGGCUGCAUAAAUCAACUACCAGAUUAUAUGAAGAUUUGUUAUGUAGCACUCCUCGAUUUGUUUGAAGAAAUUGAGGAAGAGAUGGCAAACAAAGGAACAUCAUACUGGACUGAUUACGCAAAGGAAGCAAUGAAGGUUCUGGUCCGUGCCUACUUUGUUGAGGCUAAGUGGCUGCACAGAGGGUAUAUACCACCAUUUGAAGGAUAUAUGCAAAUCGGAUUGGCAACCUGUGGAUACAUCACCCUUACAAUAAUAGCUUUCCUAGGCAUGGGUGACAUUGUCACAAAGGAGGCCUUCAAUUGGGCAUUGAGUGGACCUGAUAUCUUAAGAGCUGCAUCAAUCAUUUGCAGGCUCAGGGACGACAUUGUGGGGCACAAGUUUGAACAAGAACGGGCGCACAUUGCUUCAGCGGUGGAAUGCUAUAUUAAGCAACACAGGGUAUCGGAGCAGCAGGCAUGCGAUGAACUUCGUCGACAAGUUGAGGAUGCAUGGCUGCUCAUGAAUCAAAAUCUCCUUAAACCUACUGAAUUUCUACCUCCCAAGGCUGUCCUCCUUCGAGUUCUAAACUUGGCACGUGUGAUGGAGGUUGCUUAUAAGCACAAAGACGAAUAUACACACGUGGGAGAAACCAUGAAAAGUUACAUUAAUUCACUGUUCAUUGAGCCCAUUGCCAGUUAA